GAAGGUAGCAGUUGAGGUGCAAUAAUAUGAGUUUGAGUUAAGGUUAAUUUUGUGGCCCCCGCAGUGUACUGUCCGUGCCUGAGAUCAGCCGGUACGUGGAAGGUGCGUGGCGGUGCGUGCGUGAGAACUACACCUGGCUCCUGCACCUGCGUCGUGUCCAGCCCGCCCUCUUUUGUGCAAUUGUGACAACGGUGCUGAGUGUUGGUGCUGUAGUGGGGCAUUUAGUGCCAGGGGCAGUUCUAGUGUAUAUAUUGCUCAUGAUAGUUAUGACUGCCCCAGGGAUCAUCAUUCAUGUUCUUCCUGAUUCCUUUUAUGAACGCAUCAACAGAAUUCGUGCUGCUCUUCGAGGAGAUGAUUCUGGCAUGGAAACUUCAAAUGUGUCUCUGGAUAGUGACAUCUCUGAAUUUAUGCCAGAACUGCAGUCUCUGGAAGCUCAAGCUGCUUUGGAUGUGCCUCUUAUGAGCCAAGAUCCCCCGGAAGUGGAAGAAAUUAUAGAGGAAGCUCAUCUGCGUAAAGAGGUGUCGCAAGAUAGCACUUCUAGAAAGAGAGCACCAAAAGGCAGCAAAGGUGCAAGCGAAGGAACGGCAGUCAGUCCAGGAUUUUCGCUCCCUCUUGCUGCAGGAGAGGAAAGCAGCACUACGUAUUUCACGAGUGGACUUCCUGAGGAUUUCCCAUCCUAUGAUCAUGAUAGUGUUGAAGAUCUGGAUGGGCCUGAUAUAGACCUGCCUGAGCUACCUCAUCCAGUGCCUGAACCUAGUCAAGAAAGGCAUGGAGCAGGAGACCGCUAUCAAAUGGAGUUUGUCUCCUCUCAUUUUGGGGAUAGUAGUGAUGAAGAUGAUGAUUUUAUUGAGGGUCUUGUGUUUGAAGAACGAAGUCAAGUAAGACCUGAGCAUCGACCCCCACAAAGUUUUCAACGUAGCGAAGCUGAACCUGCACCUACAAUGGACCCUAUAGGUCAGCUUAUGAGUAGUGUAAUAGCUCAAAAUGCAGGAAAUGUUUUAUCUGCUUUAGGGCAAAAUUUAGUUUCCUCUGUGAUAGGGCAAUCUGUAUCCAGUGCUCAGCCAACUCCCAUGGUCAGCCAACGGCAGCCCAGACGACAACAUGAGCCGCCUGCUAGAAUGACACGGUCACUUGAUCCGAACCAGCAGUCUACUACAGAUUUGGAAGAAGAUUUUGAGCUUAUUUCAGAUGAUGAAUGUCAGUGACUGAAUACUACUAAUGAGAGGCGCCAACAACUGCGAUAAAAAUAUUCAUAGUGUAUGAAAUCCCAUAUUUGAAUCUAAUAUUCUUUGUAUAAUUUUUGGAAAGCAAAGAAAUUUUGCAUUAAAAGAACCAUGAUUUGUUAUCUUCAUUCAUCUCAGUAUUUGCACAGUGCAGUAAUAAAUUUCCUGGUAUAUCAAAGUUAAGGCUGCCUUAAUACGUUUCUCAAUAAAUUGCCUUUUGCAAUGUCCGUUAAAACUUUGAGAGGUUUGGUAGUGGUGCAGUAAUGAAGAAACUGUAGUAGUAUCCUGUGGGUAUCAUCUUGUAGAAUAGAUUGUGGUUUAACUCAAUAAAAGUGUAGUAAAGAUAAGGUGUUCAUAAGUAAUAUUGUAAAGUCUUAGGGAAAACAAACUUGAAUACUUGUUCAGUGCCCACUUUAUAUACAUUACAGUAGUAUAUAUCUUAUGCCAUUUAGAUCUCAUUUGGGAAAUUUAGGUUUCUGUUCUUUAAUGAAUUAUCCCUCUGUAUUUUGACAAGUUUAGUUUUUACAUUCUGUUCAAAAUAUAAUAACUUACAAUAUAUAAAAAAAAAUGUUAGAUUUAAUUUUUUGUGCAGAAAUGAUUGGCAUUAAGAUAAUGUGUGACUUUGUGCCCAUAUGCAUUUUUUUUUUAUUUAAGAGUGGUCAUCACUUACUGUACCAAAAUGUUUUAAUAGGUUUAUCACCAAUUGGAAAUUACUUUUAAUAUAAGGGUUAUAUGAUUAGAGAGAAGGUAAAUCCUGCAUGGAUAGGAAAUAGGAGUGAAAGAGUCUGCAUGUUUUGGCUUCAUUCAGAGACCUUCUCCAGCAGAUGCUUUGCUGAACUUUCCACUCUCUCUUAUUUUCUGUCUAUGAACACUCUUCAUUUAAGAGCUGGCUGGUGUUGAGACCUUGGCUUUCUUGGUUUAUUUAAUGAAUUGCUGCUGACUAUUUUUUUUUGUUUUUACUUUUAGUUAAGCAGAAUAGUUAACACUAUUUUACCAGAUUUUCAGCAUAAUUUUCUUGAACUCUGGCAUUUUUCAGCUGAAAGCAACCUAAUACCAAGUGCUGCUAUCUUGUCACCUUAAACUGGUAAAUGUAUUCAAUAAAGAUAGCAAAUAGUGGUAUUUUCCCAUUUUUGGAUUUUUUUUUUUUAAAACUAGUCUCGUAAUUUCAUCUGGAUUAAGAGGUGCCACAGCAUCUGUUGCUGGAAAAUCAGUGUUUUACCUGGAUGGGAAACUUGCUCUAUUAGAAACUUUAAAAAUUAAAAUUAUGGCAAAUCUAGUAUAAAGACUGGACAUUACAAGCAUAAACUACUAUAACUACAAGUAGGUAAAUACUUACUGAAGAUUAGAUACAAGUAUUUAUAAAUUGGUGGUUUUUUCCUUCCUACUCCAUGUAGUGGUACACACUCAAAAAUGCUUUGUAUCCAUAGUCUGAUUGGCAAGCAAUGGUUUACUAUUUGACUAUUAUGAGAGCAGUUCAUGGGAAUUAUUAAUUUAGCUGGAAUUAGUUGUUAAUUUUUAAUUAAGCAUAAGUAAAAUUUUUAGGUGGUGUAGUAGAAGUUGCACAGUACUGUGCAUUAAUAAUUUGUUCUCGGUACAGUAUUUUGUAAAAAAAAAAUUACCAGAUAAUUUUAAUGUUAAAAAUAAAUAUUUGAUAGAUAUGUACAACAUAAAAUAAUUAUCCCUUGUUACUUGCAGGGAAUGAAUUUGCAGUUAGUUAAUAUCAAAAUCACAAAUAAUAUUGCAUUGACUUGUUUUGUACAAAGGAUUUUUUCAUAUACAAUUGACCUAACCAUCCCUGAUUUUGUCUUGUUGACAAGGCAGGUUACAGGGAAGCCUGACCUAGUGCUGGGCUAGGAGGGUACAAGAGCCCUCAAAACCAGCUAGGAAGCAUAUACCAGGUACAUUCAAUGACUCAUAAGUAGAUAUGACAGGGGUAAGUCAUGUCAGUUGGUUGAAAGUUAAGAGGCAGGACCAAGAGUUAAGAGCUCACCCCCCUGUAAACUCGAAUAGAUAGUACAUGCCAAAUGCUGGUGGCUCUGCAUGGGCUUUAUACAUACAUGUAUCCUACUGAUAGAAAAACAAGGUCAGUGAAUUAAAAUUACUGUGUAAUGAAUUUGUUCAUUGUGAAUUGGUUAAUGAACUAGAUAGUGUAUGUUUAAUUUACCAGUAUCUGCUGUAUGUUGCAGUUAAAUUAUGUUACUUUGCAUCAUUCUGUGAUAUGUAGUCAAUAACUUAUGAAAAGUUGAAAUUUCAACAUUGUACUUGCUGGAUGGCAAAAAUACUGAAUAGGUUAGUCUGUUGAGAGAUUAAAAGCAUGCAUAUUGGUUUGGAAGGCUUCAGAACCAAUUUUGCACCUUAUUUAAAUAAGUUGUUUGCUAGUGUAACCAAAUUUUUUUUUGCCCAUGUAGGUAGUUAAUUGAGACUUUCUUUGUAUUUUUUUUAAUUUGUAUUGUACAUACAUUUCAAAACUACAAGGAUUAUUAGGUAUGUAAGUGAAAUUGACGAGUGAUGUGCCAUUACUUCUGAGUAUGUCUAUAUACAUAUUGUGUAUACAAUACAUAUAAGGUUGUAAAAGAAGAGACUGCUAGGGUGUUGGGAAGAGGUGUAGGAUUAACAGAUAAUGAAUCAGAUUCAAAGUGGGAGUUGGCACAAUUGCUCUUUGCUGAUGACUGUUCUUUUGGGAGAUACUGAAGAAAAGUUGCAAAUGGCAGAAUUUAGGCCUCCAGACAGGUUGCAAAGCUGCAAGGAAACACCACAAAAGCUCGAACUAUUGUUUCAAGAGGGCUGCAAAACCAUUUUUCUUUACCACAUAGGUCAUUUCUCACCAAGGUAGGAUGACCUAAAGGAAAUACAUUUGUCACAGUUUAAAUAACUCCCUAAACCACAUCACUUUUACAUGAAUCUAGGUAGGACAUACAAAGACAGACACGCACUACAAGAGCAGGAUCCAGAAGAAGAGGACAAGUCUCAAAUUCAGUAAGGUAAUUAUACACACACUAUUAUAAACAUCUUUUAAGAUGACAGAAUUGGUGGUCAACAAGGAUUUUUGUUUCUUUUACAUGUAUGUUGUAGAUGUAAGUACAGUAAUAGAUAAAAUGACCGAAUUGAUUAUGGUAUUUAAUCACAAAACCGUAAUAUUUAGGUACUUUCAAUACUUUUAUGAAAUUGAUUUAGAAAUUGAAGUAUUUAUCUAAGCUGGGAUUUUUUCCCACUCUACUUCUUGGCAACAUUGUGAAGGCUCAAAAGACCACACGUAUACCAAUACAGAUACUCUCAAAACAACUUUGCUUCAACUGAUAGUUGAGGUGCAGCUUUUUUCUAUGUAUAACAUAUGGUAAGCAGCAUACCAUAGAAAGAUAAACAGGCUUUCAUUUGUUCUAAAUAUUUAUUAAGGGUAGGUUGCACUUGUAUAUUAAUUUAUUUGCAAAGCCCUAAGAUGAGAGAAUUCAUUGAUAUAACUGUGUUUCUAUGUUUAAUUAUUAUUUAUGUACAAGGAUAUAUGUAUUUUGUAAUUUUUAGGGGAGGGGGAAAGGUUCAGCUAAUGAAUUUUCACGUGGCACCAGUUGUAGCAUUUUGAAUGAGAGUAAAUUUUAUCAAUACAUUUACCAGUAGCUUAAGUUUUCUUCCUGUCUUCCAAGUUUAGUUAUUAUUAAUUACAUAAAUGUUAUUAUAGACUGCUUAAAAUAAGAACAGUAGUGAUAUUGUAAUUAUCAUGAUUAGACAGGAGUUAAGUCAACCUGUCCAUUUGUCAAAGUCAGUACACCUCUUCCCCUCCUAUUACUUAGUAUUAUUCAGUUUAGACUGUAUACUUUUACAGUUGAGGCUGUAUAUUGUGAUAUUUAUUACGUUUUAUAUGGUAUGUCGAUAACAUGGGUUUUGAUAAAAUUAAAAUUAUCAUUAUCCCUUGUAAUAGGGUAGUGCUACCAAAUCAUAUUUUAGUUAUAAUGCACCAUGUAUACACUAAUAAUGUAUUACAGUAUUGUGAAAUAAAUAUUUUGCAUCUUU